UGGUCACGCGGGGCGCGGCUCAACCGCCACCGUGUGGGCGGUGCCCGCGCAUGCGCCGCGCGCUACCCAGCCGCUGUGUGGGGCCGCGUCCGGCUCCUGGAGAUGGGGGCCCGGCCCCGGGGUUUGGUGAGGGGAGAGAAGGGGUGCAAGGAUGAGACAGUUAUGUCCGUUUAGUACCAGAAUGACGAGCUCAAGAGUGGGGGUGUUACGGUGCCUGAUAACAACAUGAACAUUUAAUUCAAAUCUGCAACUUAAGAACAAAACUACAGAUCUAGCCUUAUCCUUUCCUAUCACUUCUGUGUUACUGAAGCCAACGUUGGAUUGCUCUUGCCUCUGGUUACCUUGUCUGAAAUCAAUCAUGGCUGACGACUCUCAGAGAAACUUUCGCUCUGUGUAUUAUGAAAAAGUGGGAUUUCGUGGAGUUGAAGAGAAGAAGUCACUGGAAAUUUUGUUAAAAGAUGACCGAUUGGGCAAGUCAAUUUCAUUCUUUCCUCUGUUCAUUUGGUGAUUUAGCAUCAGAUAUUGAGAAGCUUUGCACGUUUAGUCAAAGGUUCCCUCUCCCAUCCAUGUAUCGUAUACUGGUGUGGAAGGUUCUUUUAGGAAUUAUUCCUCCUCACCAUAAAUCUCAUGCCUUGGUGAUGAACUACCGGAAGGAGCAGUACUGGGAUGUACACCAUGCCCUUCGUGUAAUUCGUUUUAUCAAUGAUUCUACCCCACAGGUAGAUGUUUUCCUCCGCAUACAUCAACUGGAAUCAGGAAAAUUGCCUCGAAACUUGGCGUUUCCUUUGGAGCCAGAAGAUGAAGUGUUUCUUGCUAUUGCUAAAGCAAUGGAGGAAAUGGUGGAGGAUCCUAUAGAAUGCUAUUGGCUUGUCAGUAGCUUUGUUAAUCAGCUGAACAGCAAGCAUAAAGAUGCAUUGCAACAACUGCCAAAAAUUCUGGAGCAGUAUUUGAACAUUGAAGAUAACAAACUCCUGAUGCACCUAAAAACAUGUGCUGCAAUGAGCAAACUCCCCUAUGAUCUUUGGUUCAAAAAGUGUUUUGCAGGCUGUUUACCUGAGUCCAGUUUACAGAGAGUUUGGGACAAAAUUAUUAGUGGGUCCUGCAAAAUUCUUGUUUUUGUUGCUUUGGAGAUAUUGUUAACCUUUAAAAUGAAAAUAAUAGCACUGACUACAGCAGAAAACAUCACCCAAUUUCUGGAAAAUAUGGAGCGAGGAUACCUAGUGCGAUGUGAUCAUGUCCAGAGUGGUUCUUGGCCUGCCAGCUACAAUAUUCUGAUUGCACAGUGUGUUCUAAGGCUUUUGGGGAUGUAAAUCUAACUCCUGAAACAAGAAUUACAGCUACUUGCUGUGUGUGGCUUUCACAGACGAGAAAACCAAGUGCUCAAGAAAACAGAUUUAUAAACAAACAAACAAAAAAUCUAGCUGUUCCUCAGUCUGCUCACAACUUCCCACAAAUGACAGAGCUGGGUGUGCAAACUGAGGACACACUGCAUUGUUCAGCCACUGAAAGCUUGUUGAAGAAUGCCUGCCAAGGGUAACUUUGCUAAAUCCCCAAAUCCAAAGCUAAAACCAGGUGAAGUGCCAGUUCUGUGAUGCUUACUAGUGUCAAACACUUUGUAUGGCUUCUUUCUCUUUCUUCUCCCUUUCCAGUAAUAAGCUAUACUUGCUAUUUGGGAGAAAUAUGUCGGUUCUUCCACUGUGUCCUGGUGUCUGAUCAGACAGUUAGGAGUUAACAUCAUUAAAAAAAAAAA